CUCCCUCUCUCUCUCCUCUGCCUCCGUUUCUCUCUCCUCGGCGUGGCUCCGCCAUUACUCGGCUUGCUGGAGCUGGGCAGCGCGGGCGUGGAGUUCCCGUGAGCUCCCUCCCUCCCUCCCUCCAUCAGGCGCAGAGCGAGCCAGCACUGAGUCACUAGCCCCCCUCGCCACCACCACCACCAACCCGCUCCCUCCCCCCCGAAAGAGACGCCCCGAUUCCUACGACGCGUACGUAAAUUAUUACUCCUCCCAAAGGUGGGAGGGGAAUUCCAUUCCUCCGGAAAACAACCUCCGGCCCUCUCAUCCCCUUUUCUUUUCUUCCACCCGCCGAAUCGCCUCCGCUCCGUCGCCGAUCUGGCGCUGGCGGGCGGAUUGGUGCUGGCUCCGUGGCGGCGCUGUCAAUGCGGGUGGCUCUGACUGACCCCGACCCCGGCCGGUGGUUGCCUUGCGCCGAUGGGGGACGCCUGCGGCCCGCCCGUGCCAUUGCCGCCGCGGAAAUCUGACGCCAACGCCCACGACGACGCGCCUCCGGUGACGCAGCGCAGGCCGGCGACCCCGCGGCGGCACCCCUCGCCGAAUGCCGCCCCCGCGGCGCCCGCCACACCGAGGAGGCACCCCUCGCCGAAUGCUGCCCUGGCGGCCCCCACUACCCCGAGGCGGCACCCCUCGCCGAAUGCCGCUACGGGGGUGGCCGGGUCGCAGGCCAAGAGGUCCCAGUCCACCGAGCGGCGGUCCGGGAGCCCUGCGAGGCCGGCCUCCGGCGGUGGCUCCAGGGCGGCUGCCCCGUCCAGGAUCUCCGCCCCGACGUCGCCGCCCUCCAGCCCGUCCUCGUCCUCCUCCAGCUCCUCCACGCCCGUGCGCGACGCCGUCUCCGACACGCAGAGCGCCCCGAGGAGGCUGUCCGGCGGCGGCCGGGCCCCCGACGGGCUGUGGCCGUCAAUGCGGAGCCUCUCCUCCUCGCUCCAGCUCGAGCCCAGGGACCGGAGGGCCGCGGAUCAGGCCAGGGCGAGGGACGCGUCGGCGGCGGCCGACAGGAAGAGGAGCCCGAUGAGGGGGCGGACCGGCGGCGGCGAGCAGCCGGAGAACCCGCACCCCAGGGUGAUUGACCACCACCGCUGGCCGGCCAUGAUGGGGGGCAGGGUGUCCGGCAGCGCCAUGUCGAGGAGCGUGGAUCUCACUGACAAGAUGCACAGGCCACGCGGCGGGGCUUCGCCCAAGAGGACGGCGUCCAUUUCAUCCGCCGCAAGCGCCCUGUCAAGAAGCAUUGAUCUCGCCGACAAAAUCGAUCGAUUGGUCUCUUCAUCAAGAGGGGAGGAGUCACCUAGAAGAUCAUCUGCUUCAAAUGGCACAGCUGAUACAUCAAAAAGCAGCAUCACUGAUGGUAAAGAUGCCAGACCUGCAGCCAUGGCAGUUCCAUCGAGAGGGAUGGUUUCUCCUGUGAGAACAGCAAGGGCCCUGUCCAAGAGCAUGGAUCUUACUGAAAGAGAUUACAGUAUGCUCUCCUCGGCAGUUUCAUCGUCCUCAGUAUCAAGUGUGUCCAAUGCUACAUCGCAAACCACAAAGUCUUCUGAGAAACCGAAUGGCCGUGCUUCUUCCCCGGCCUCGUCACGGGGACGUUCACCUAGAACAUCAGCAGCAUCUGGUGGCAGCAUUGGUGCUAUAUCAAAAAACACCGAUGUCCCUGGAAAAGAUAAGAGACCAGCUUCAUCUAGAGGGACUUCGCCAAGAAGGCCACUUGCUUCUGAUGGCGUUAAUGCUGUUGUAAAAAAUAUGGAUUUUUCUGAGAAGGAUAGCAGGACAGUCAUCUCCUCGGUUCCAUCUCGAGCGGUAUCUUCCCCAAGGAGAAGACAGGCCUCUGAUGGUAUUGAUGUUAUACGAAGAAGCGCAGAUUUUUCUGAAAAAGAUAACAGACCAUCCACAUCAUCUUCACUGCGUGGGGUUUCUCCACGAAGAAGGCUUGGUUCUGAUGGUUUCAGUGGUAUAUCAAAAGGGGUGGAUUGUGCUGAUAAAGCUAGCACACCAUCCACCUCAUCAGCGGCAUCGCGAGGUGUUGCACCAAGAACUCAAGUGAUAUCUGAUUGUGUUGGUACUACAUCAAAGGGCAAGGAUUCUGCUGAUAAAGAUAAUAGACCAUCAACCUCAUAUGCUACAUCAAGAGGUAUGUCACCACGAAGAAGGCUUGCAUCUGAUGGUAUUAGCUCCAUUUCAAGUAACAUCAACUUCGCUGAAAAGGAUGGCAGAACUGUGGCCUCUUUAGUCGCACAUCGAGGGAUCUCAACAAUAAGGCGUCUUGCGUCUGAUGGUGUUGAUAUUAUACCAAAGAGUAUGGAUACCCCUGAGAAAGAUGUCAGACCCUCCACUUCAUCCGGUUCAAGAGGUCUUUCGCCAAGAAGAAGACUUGCCUCUGAUGCUGUCAAUGUUAUAUCCAAACGCAUGGAUCUUUCUGAAAAAGAUACCAGACCUGCCACCUUGUCAGCUGCAUCACGGGGAGUUUCACCAAGAAGAAGACUCGCCUCUGAUAAUGUAGAAGCAAUGUCAAAGAGCUCAGAUUCUGUUGAAAAAGAAACAAGAUCAUCUGCUUCGUCGAUGGCAUCACGAGGGGUUUCACCAAGAAGAAGACUUGCCUCUGAUAAUGUAGAAGCAAUAUCAAAGAGCUCAGAUUUUGUUGAAAAAGAAACAAGACCAUCCACUUCAUCAAUGGCAUCACGAGGGGUUUCACCAAGAAGAAGACUCGCCUCUGAUAGUGUAGAUGGUAUAUCGAAGAGCUCAGAUUUUAGCACUGAUUUUUCUGGUAAAGACUACAGGCCAUCAACCUCGUCAGCUGCAUCACGAGGGACUUCACCAAGAAGCAGGGUUGCCUCUAAUUCCGUUGAUGCCCUGUCGAGAAGUAUGAAUUUUGCUGAUAAAGAGAGCAGACCCUCCACCUCAUCAGUAGCAUCACGUGGGACUCUACAGAGAGGCGUGCUUGCUUCUGGUAGCAUUGUGGAUCCUGUGGAUAAUGGUAGUGAACGAUCCACCUCAUCGGCUGCAUCUGGUGGGACUUCAGACAGUAGACUUGAUGGUACUGAUGCUCAAGUAGAAGCCAUCCAGUUUACUGAGGAAGUUAAUUCAGUAACUCCAGAUGGCUGUAGUGAUGAUACUUCAGAAAGCAUGUAUUCUGGUAAUGUAGGCACAGGUGCAUCAUCCUUGUCCAUUGCGGUGCAAGAUAGACAACCAAGCAGAUCUGUUUCUGAUGUCAGUGAGGAUAUGUCACAGAGUGUGGAUGCAACUCAAAAACAUGACAGAGCCAUCUCGGUAAAGGUUCCAUCUCGAGGAACUUCUCCAAGAAGGCGACUUGCAUCUGAUGGCAUUAAUACUAUGCUCAAAAGCAUGGAUUUUGCUGAGAAAGAUAAGAGACCCAUGACCAUGUCAGUAUCAUCACGUGGAAUGUCACCAAGAAGACCAGCAAGAGUGGACUCUGCUAAUAUAAUGUCAAAAAGCAUGGAUUUUUCUGAUAAAUGUAAUGGACAAAUAUCUUCAAUAAUUCCAUCACGAGCGGUUUCUACACGAAAAAUACUUGGACCAGAUGGUGCUAAUGCCAUGUCAAGAAGCGUGGAUCUGACUGAUAACUUCAGACAACCAGUCUCUUCAACAGUGCAACCAAGUAGAGUUUCACCAAGGAAGAUGCCUUCUGCGAGCUCAGGUUCUGCCAAUGGAAAUGGAAGUCAAGAGGAAAAUGCCAGUUCAAGUCCAGAUGCACCUUCAAAUAAUUCAGAAAGAUUUGCACCUCCAAAGCAGUUGGCAAGGACACUGUCUUCACCAUCACGUGGUCUACUACGUCCUUCAUCACCAACCAAGGCUUCAUCAACAUCAUCACUUGCCUCUAGGAGGUUGCCGAGCCCAUUGAGGAUUCGACCUUCAACACCUGUCUCACCAUGUAGUUCUGGUAGAUCCGAUUCUCCCUCUUCUCUUCUCAGCUACAUUGGUGAUGCAACAAGAGGAAAGAAGAGCCCAAGCCACAUGGAAGAUGCCCAUCAGUUGCGCCUCCUGUAUAAUAGGAACUUGCAAUGGCGUUUUACAAAUGCUUAUGUGGAUGAAAUGCUAUCAAUCCAGAAGAUGGGUGCCGAGACUAUGCUCUACAGUGUAUGGGAUAGUAAUUCAAGGAUGUCUGACUCUAUGGUUACGAAAAGGAGUUAUGUUGAAAGGCUGAGGCAAGAGGUCAAAUUGGGAAUAGUGCUGAAACAACAAAUGGACUACCUCGACCACUGGGCAGAGUUGCAAACAGAUCAUUCUACUUCUUUGUCCGGUGCAAUUGAAGCUCUUAGAGCAAGUACAUUGCGCCUUCCAGUUACAGGAGGAGCAAAGGCUGAUGUACUUACUGUUAAGAAUGCUGUCAGUUCAGCAGUUGACAUUAUGCAAGCAAUGGGCUCUUCUGUUUGCAACUUGCUAUCGAAGUUAGAGGCUACACACUCUCUGGUUACAGAACUCUCAGCUGUUGCUGCUAAAGAAAGCACUACCCUUAAUGAGUACAGAGAACUCUUGGGUACAGCGGCAGCACUGCAGGUCCACGAGUCCAGCCUAAGGACACAACUCAUACAAGAAACAGAGUGAACAACUUAAGCCCUUGUAUGUCUAACUAAGAAGAUAGAGGUAACCACACCAUUCAUUAGUUCUCUGUAACCGUAACGUGAAUAUGUGUAUCUUCAGUUUGUUCCCCACCCCCCUUUCUUUUUCUUCCCCUUUGUUAGGUACCCCCAAAUUUCUCUUUUUUUUUUCAUUUCUACCUCCCAUGCCCUUUUCUAUUUGUACAACCUGCAUGGAAGAGAAGUCAGCAAGCAAAAUCAUGGAUUCACCAUGACGACGGACCUGUCAGUGUUAUUUUGUAUAGCAGCUCACAAACUGAGGAUGUUGAGGUUCCGAAAACCUUAAAGCCCGUUGUAAAUUAUAGCAGCUCCUCUGCCUUUUGUCGUUGUAACUUGUAUCGCGGUAACAGUAGUAGAAUGUUUGGUAGCAUAUUAUCUAUUGCAGGUUCCCAGGCCACCAAUGGGAACAUCUAACCUAACACCACAGGGUAGUAGAUGAUGACAGGUUCCUGGUACACUGACUUCAUUUACCUACACGUUUGCGGUCGCCGUCUCAAGAGAAUACGGUGACGCUUUCUUGAUAUGUCAAUGUUCUCAGCUCUAUGAAA